AUGUCGACGAUAACCUUCUACCCGAGCAGCGAUGAUAAGACUCACGGAGUGUGCGCGGUGCUGGACCGCCUGCCUCACAGCUUCGCUUGUUUGGCGUUGGCAGCUGACAAGUCUCGACGAGCAGAUCUCAACAAGACGCUGUCUGAGUGGAAGACAAGGGCUGUCGCUCGCGUGCGAGACAUUGAACUUCCCAAGCUCGGCCUGUUCCGUGACGACAGGGACGCAUCCAGCCCGUGGGCACCUGAAAAAGAGCGUAGUAUCGAGAAGAUAAGGGAGUGCAUUGGGCUUGGCGCAGACCCCCCUGAAACUCUAGUGCUUACGAGCUGGGCGCACGACAGGGAUGGCAUGCCGUUUGCCUCCCGGGCGCUCACGACAUGUGCGAAGGCUGCCUUCAAGCCGAAGAAGGCAGGGCUGGUGAUGACCCUUAAGGUGUACCACCUGGCCUGGUUGGAGCAUGUGGUCUCCGACUGCGUCCUCUCCUGGGAGGAGCGGAAAGGCCGGCUCUCCAACUCGGCGGGCGGGAACGCCCACGUUGUGGAUGGGCUCAAGGUCCUGGUCAAGGAGGUCGUGGAGAGGGCCAUCCGUAUCCGCAACCCCGAGUAUGACGCAGAGCGCGAGGCGUGGAUUUGGGGGCGCCAUGGACUGCGCAUCUCUGCGUGCGGCCUGGAGCACAUGAGGCCCAUGGCCGCCGCCCAGUCCGAAGGCAUCGUAGGGGAUGACGACCUUUCGGCGUCACUUGGUGCUAAGUAG